UGCUGAGUUCAGUGUGGUGGCCGCUCGCCUCGCAUAUAGACGUCUAUAGAACCGUCUCGCAGAUUUCAAAUUUGGAAUUCUGGCUCGGCGCUGUACUAAUACUUUUUGCUUGUGAAAUGGACCUCCUAUACUUCCACGUUUUCCACGGCCUGAACAUAAACUUCCUUUGACAUUUAAAACUAAGUUUUUUUUUUAAAAAAAGUGUUGUGUUUGAAAAUAGAACCCAAUCGUCUGCCAAGUGCGAGAUUCGACGUACGAAGUGUAAACAAAAAACAUAUGGUACUGGCGGGUUUUGUUUUAUUUAAUGUCAAGUUUGAAUUUGGAAUUAUUAUAAUUUUGGGUAUUUUCAAGUGUUAAUUUGUGUUCCGUGAACGUGUAAAUCGAUCGAUUUGCAUUUGAAUCGAUUAAGUACUUGUUAAUGUUUUUAUAAUGGAUUGACGUAACGUUUUAUAUAUGUUUUUAAUUGUUUGUGACAAUGAAUUCAAGCAGUUGUUCACCAGUUGGCGCGGAGAUGGAAUUUUAAUAUAAAUUAUUAAAAACAAGAAAACAUGAGUCAUAGUCCAAACCGGCCGCCAUUUGGCUCGCAUUCUGAUACGUCUGCCAUCAAUAUCAAACAAUUGGUGUCAGAACUCUUCACCCAGAUGCGUGAGCCGUCAGCGGGGGCGGGGUCUCCGCGCGGCUCCAACAGCUCCCUGGCCGUUACCAGGAAUGUCGGCUUCCAGCAGACCAGCAGCGCAGACCACCUCCCAUGGACACCUCCCGCCAUGCCCAGAGCCGCCAAUACUAACCUAGCAAGUGAGUCCCAAUCCGGCCUUGUGAGGAGUAUCAGCAAUGCUUCAGCCCUCACAUCACUCUGUGCGGACCUCUCGCCCUCCGACUCACACUUCUUUGAGGUGCUAUACAUCGGCAAAGUGCGGAUAUCCCAGCGCAAAGUACCAGAGUCCCUGAUAGACGAUGCUCUGAACAAAUUCGCCCAACACGAAGCUGAAAAGGCUUUGACUCGACGUCGACACAGCCUUCUAUCUUCCACCGGGACGUCAGUUUACAGCAACGAUUCAACGGAGAAUAUUGAUGACAAGAAGAUUGAUGAUGUCACAAGCAGAAAGCUCAAUUUGCAACCAAGCACUACACCUCUGGAAGAAAAAAAUCAAGCGUGGAACAGCACAGAAAACAUAAGAGUGAAAGGGAAGGACAAUAUUGAUAAGGAGUUCGAUUUGUUCACCAAGGAAAGGAUCAAGAAGCCACAGCCGUUAGAACCUAACGUGCUGGUCAUUAACGUGCCUUCGAAGAACAAUUUGGGCACAGUGAGCGAAGAUGAAGAAAAACUCCACAGCCAUGAAGAAAUUAGAACCGGCAUAUCCGAAACUGCAUCCUCCAUUACAGAGUUCUGCCAACAAACUGUACUUAACGAUAACAAUAUAACAAAAAAUAACAACAGAACAGUCAGUAACACUGACAACAGAAGUGACGAUAACACUAACAACAAUCCAUUCUUUGACGAAUUCGCGAAAAACAACUCUGAUCCUUUGUUACAAAUACCAUUGAAGAUCGACGAAGGCGAAAAAGACACAAAUCUAAACGCGAAAAGUUCAACAAACAAAACAAUUAAAACCGAUAAUAAAAACACAGAGAAUGUAACAGAAAUAAAUAUGAAUACACAGAGAAAUGUACAUGUAAUUAAAAAUGAUGCUAAAAUCACAGAAAACGUAGAAAAAACAGACGUUAAGCAGGAGCACAUGAAUUUUGAAGAGAUACAAAGGAAACCAACAUCGGCGGUUCAAAAUAAACUGGACAGUAAUGAAGGCAGGAGAAACUCGCCUAUGCCGGAGAAUAAACCAUUCUUGAGAGACCGCUCGGCGUCUAUAGGGUCGUUGAACUUGAAGACUCCAAUUACACAGCUGAUUGGGGAACAGAAUCGGACGAUGCUAUUUCAAGUGGGCCGAUCAGAGCUCCGCCUCAUAAGUCCGGACAGAAAACAGAUUUUGCUGCAUCGAGCUUUCAAAGAUGUCGCUAGCUGUGUUCUUGGACGCACUAAUAAGAAUCAUUUCGGCUUCGUAUGCCGAGAGAACGUGAACGAUGCGUACGCAUGCUACGUGUUCAAAUGUGAGAGUGACUCCGUCGCUUUGGAGGUCAUUAAUGCCAUAAAACAAGCGUUCGUGGCUCACGCCGAGCUACUGAAGAAGUCCCGGGAGAAAUCACCGAACAUGACGUGUGAACACUGCCCCAUGCUGUGGUAUCACCGACUGUGCCAUGAUGUUGAAGGCAUGAACGAAAAAAAGACACACGCGUUCAUCCUGCGUCGUAUCGAGCAGCUGCCUGAUGAUGAACAGGACCUCAUCAUCACCAAGUACCAGGGCGGCACCAACCAUAUGUACGAGGUGACGGAACAUAACGCAUUUCUCAUGAUGUUAUUACGGGCACACUGCGAAGCGAAGCAACAGAGACAUGUCCAUGACACCGCAGAAAACAGAUCAGAGUUCCUGAACCAGUACCUAGGUGGCAGCACAAUCUUCAUGAAAGCCAAGAGAUCUCUGUCUAGUGGGUUCGAUCACCUGUUGAAGAGGAGAGCUAGCAGAGAUGAUGGUACACUGCCGCCUUUGAUCAAGAAGGAGGCGUCACCUGCACCUCCAGUAGACUCGCUGUCAGAGUCAACUCCUGAACUCCUCACUCCUGAGUUCAUUCGCAGCAAGUCCUUGUCACCAGCUAUCAUAAGUGAUAAUCCACCAUCUCCACUGGUGGAGUCUGUGGUGGAGGAGGAAGCUGAGGACUUGAAGGACGAAGCCGGGACGCCUGUCAACUCGCCCAUGAUGGACAUCUUCCUCAAAGUAAGCGACAAUCGACCAUCAAUUUCGGAGCCAGGAGUCGAACCUGACGCCACGUGGCGCCAGGCCAUAUAUGAGAAGGUGGUCCACGAUCAAGUCGAAGGAGAGUUAACCCCAAAGGUCCUCCUCGGUAGACCAUCAGCUCCUCGAGGCCGGAGGAACAAGGAAGAGCUACGACAGCUGUGGAAGCUGGCCAUCGACCAGACCAUACUGCUGGUUCGAAUGGAAAAGGAAAACGAUAAGCUUAGAGAAAGCGAGGAGUCGUCGGCAGUCCGCCGCAUCAAGCUGGAGUACACGGAGCUGGGCGCGUGUGAUACCGGCAUCAGCAGCAUGUGGGAGAGCCUGCUGUCAUGCCGCAACACCUGCCAGCCCGCAGCCAAGGUCGACCGGCAUAUGCUCACCCAGGCCGUCAAACAAGGUGUACCGCGAAUGUCCCGGGGCGGCGUGUGGUACUUCCUAGCGGAGCAGUACUGCCUGCGGGCUCCGCCCCCUGACGUGCGGGCGUUCCCCCACUACCACGAGAACUACCGCACAUUGCUAUCAGGGUUGACCAAACACCAGCACGCCAUACUUAUUGAUUUGGGCCGAACCUUCCCAAAGCACGGUUACUUCGCCGUGGCGUUGGGACCUGGCCAGCUGUCUCUAUACAACAUACUGAAAGCAUACUCCCUGCUGGACCCCGACGUCGGGUACUGCCAGGGGCUGAGCUUCGUCGCCGGCGUGCUGCUCCUGCACAUGGAAGAGGCGGAAGCCUUCGUUCUUCUCAGGCACCUGAUGUUCCGGCGUGGUCUACGCAAGCAGUAUCUACCCGACAUGAGUGCCUUACAAGUUCAGCUGUACCAACUGUCCCGGCUGUUGCGUGACCAUGAACCCGAGCUGCACGCCAAGCUGGAGUAUCUGGACAUCUCGCCCGCGCUGUACGCCGCGCCCUGGAUGCUGACUCUCUUCACCAGCCAGUUCCCGCUCGGCUUCGUCGUCAGGGUCUUUGACCUGAUCUUCUUGGAAUCCUUGGACGUGGUGUUUUCUGUUUCCCUGGCGCUGCUGUCAGCUCACAAAGACGGGCUGAUGCUGUGCGAGAGCUGCGAGGAGGCGGCCGAGUACCUGAAACACAAGCUGCCCGACAUGGGCCAGCAAAUGUACCACAAAGUCAUGAAGAAGGUGCACUCUCUGGACAUAUCCCGUCAGCUCAGCGACUACGCCAUAGAGUACGCUGUGCUGAGGGAGGAGAUGCCUCGCAUGGCAGCACUGACUGACGACAAUAGGAAGCUUAACGCGGACAAGAUAAGGAUGACCAACGAACUUGACGCUGCAAUGGACGCGAUAACCAACUACCAAAAGACGGUGUCCCGCCUCGAAUCCCAGAACAAAAUGUUAGAACAGCAGCUGACCUUACUGAGCCGCUAUCUCACCGCCCAUCACAAGCAAGAACUCCCCUUGGAAAUCAAGAAAAUCAUCCAGAACUACAGCAAGAAGAUAUCCUUCAGCUCGAAGAUCUUAAAAUUCGGUAACAAUGAUGAGGAUGAAGAGAGUCCGAAGAAUAAGUUCAAAACGGGACAGAGCGCACCGAAUUUGUUCGCCAAAAUCUCCCGUGAGGAAGUCUUGAACGCUGUUAACAAGGAGAAGAACAGAGUAUCCCCAGAAACAGAUAGGAAACAUUUCCUGAUGAAGAAAUCUCAAUCCGUGCAUUCCGGGCUUAUCGCUAACAAUUUAAAACAAUACCCAUUGAAAGUUUUAGAGGAAAAGUCGGAAAAUAGAUCCGAUACUUUCCGCACGGAGAUUUUGACAGAAUCUCUGAAGGAAAUCGGUAAGAGGAACACGGGAUUCUUCGCCAAUACUCACGAGCAAAUACGGCAGGAGAGGUUAUUUGAACAACAGUUAAAGCACGAUUUUGAUCAGAACUUGAAGAAAUUAGACUCUAAAAUAACACCGACCUCAUACAUUGACGAUGUGAACAUAUUUCAAAGUCGGAAAUCAAUGUCUCUUAACUUAAGGCCUACGAAUGAGAACUCUAGGGUUGAAAACAAAGGUGAUAGUGGAUUUGUGACCCCCUUAAGUCCUAAAGAUGAUAAAAUCGAUACUAGUUCUAUAAUAUCGCAUCCGCUGAGCGAUUGUGAUGUAGAUAUUAAGUUCGACGGUCAAUCUACAAAAUUGAAACAGAUUAGACCCAUCAGAGGUAACGGCGGGCAAACUAUUGGUAGUAAAAAUGCAUAGUGUUCAUAGAAAAAUCAUGAUAUAAGAACAUCAGGGGAGUUGAAAACGCCACAUCGGAGCAAUUUGACAUUUGCGCAUAUAAAAGUAAGUGCGCAAUGCAGACAAAUGUCAAAUAGCAAUAUUGCUUUCGUAGAUGAAUUGCUUCGAUGUGGCCUUUUUAACUCCCCAGGUAUGCUCAAAAGUGACAGCUAACAUUUUAAGGUUAGCCCAGCUGACGUCAUCCCGCCCUGUGUUGCCAUUUCUUAGAAAAUAGAUUACCCACGACCAAUCUUUUUAUAUUUACUUUCCAAGGAAAUUUUGAACUUUUAGCAAAAGAUUUUCUUACAGUUUUAAUGUUUUUUUAUAUAUGUGACAAGUAACAGUAAUUAAAUAGAUUAGUCAGUAAUUUAAUUAACAUUCAAUAAUAAAAUUUACGUCCUUGGAAUGUUGGAGAUACCAAUUUAAUGGUAACACUUACGUCAUCAAUGGGCUAGCAAUGGCGGCUUGUCAUAGGAUUGAGCAUAUCUGGUUUUCUUAUACCAUGAAGUAAGUUACCAAUUUAACUAUACAGAGUGUUAGUGACACCGUAACGAAAACUUUGGAGUAUAAUUCAGACCAUGAUUCUGAGUUGAUUUCAAGUGGAAUUUCCUGUCGAAAUAUUCAUGUGUUUUUUUAUUAUUAUUUUCGGUCACUAACAUCCUGUAUGUAUGUUUAUAUAGAUAUAUAUUAUAUAUAAUAGUAAUAUGAGAUAUUUCUUAAAAAGAUAGAUAGAUAAAAGUGCUUUUAGAAUGAAAAAGAAAAUGUGUUUUGUAUUGUUAUUCCAAAGCUGUGCAAAAACUAAAAUGCUAUAGAAUUUACACCACGAUUCAAUGUUUCGAGAGGACUAGAGCUUUGAUAAAUGACUUUUCUAUAAGUGUCUGUGUAGUUUCUGUGUAAUAGUACACAGGGUGUUAGUGACAAUUAAAAAUGCACCUGUCGCCUAGCAAGCCUUUCAACAAGAGAGAUGUUUUUUUCCCCCGAAGGGUAAGGCAAAGGGAACUAUGCCCAUACAGCCAUGUCUUACGUAUUUUUAUUUCUUGAUGAUUAAUGAAAUGAUGAAAGGUGAUGAUGAUGAAACCUAAGCCCCCGCCCUCGGAGCAGACUCCUACUCCGAACCCCAAACGAAUUAACUCAAAAGUCCGCAUAAACUUUCGAGUUAUGAAGCGGCUUGUUGGUACGAAGCGAAAAUAGGUCUCAACAAGAGAGAGGUGAGGUACGGAGGUGAGCGGUGUGACGUAUGGCCAAGCGUGAGUCGAUUUUAUUCGGCACUGACUUCAACAUUAUUCAGUCUUGUCAUACGCCACAAACGUAACUUAAAAAUAGCUAUGAAGUAAACAAAAUAAGUAAGUAAUACAUAGAAUAGAAAAUAUAAUAACUAAAUAUUUGCCUGUAACAAAAUUCGUAUUUGAAAAGUAUUACAAGAUACAUAAGGUGGUAUUAAUAAACGAAUCUCAACUGAGACUGCUCUCAAGAUCACGAUCAAGUCCCUGUUUUUAUAUAAGAACUGUCACAAAUUCAAAUACAAAAAUAUAUUUAUUCAGUAGGUAACAUAGUUACACUUUGAAUCGUCAAUUUUUACAUACCUAACGAACGUCUCAUCCGCCUAAAACUACUUGCAGCUUCUCACAACCUUUAUAGCCGGGGAAAUGUAACUGCAAGAAAAGCCUUGGCACAGGGCCCUAGACGUUCUUUAAAAAAAUAAAUAAACAUGAAAUACUGUUAUACAAAUUGAGUAAUUUAGCUGCCUAAUAUCAGUUCUCAGACAGUUAAUUCCAUGCAUUCAUAUCUUCUAAAUAAUCGCUAACUUUAUAAUAAUAACCUUUUUUUGUAUGAUACAUUGACAUGAUCUUGAGAGCAGUCUCGAAGCUGAGAUUAGUUUAUUAAUACCAUCCAUAGAUCGAAAGAAUUUCGCAUGGUCAGGAGGAGGAGCCGGUGGUGUAGAUAUUAUUAACACGCUCGGCUUGUCAAGAGUUGUGGGUUCAAGUCCCGUCCGAGUUAGAUUUUUUUUCAAUUUAAGUUUGCCUAAGCACAUGUGAGUGUUAUAAAAACAAAAAUCAGGAAAAGUAUUGUUAAGUAAAUGGCUUAUAUUAUAAGUAAGUACUAUAAAUAUUAUAUUCAAGUAUUAAUUAUAAGCUCAAACUUGUAGUUACCGUUAGGGUAUUUUAUGGAUUAAACGAAUAUUAUUUUGCGAA